UGCAGUUAGUACAGCAGAAUCCAGAGGACCAGCUGACUUCUUACUGCCGCUCUAUCACUGACUGUCAGCAGACACUCGACCACCAUGACUACCUACAUCUCAGAACUUGCUGUGUCCCUGAACAAAGUAGAUGAGCAAAAUCUCAGAGACAGGAUCUUCAAGCAACUCCCAGGUAAUCUGAACAAAGGAGCAGGUGGAAAUAACAUCUACCUUUGGUACAAAAAUGGGCCAAAAGCAAUCACCAGGCUUCAAGUUUCAUUCAAGGCUGACAUGACUCCUGGAUUGAUCAGUGCAGGGUACACAAAGAUCAAUAAAGAUCUCAAUGCUGGAGUAGGAGGUGAUCAGAUCUACCUUUGGUACUACAAAGGGUCUGGAGAGUAUGAUACUCCCAUAGUGGACAUUGAUGUUACUACUGAUGCAAACAAUGAAGCUGCAAAGUUUCAAAUCGGCUAUGAGAGACUGGCCUGUGAUCUGAACCGCGCCGCCGGAGGGGCCUGGAUCCACAUCUGGAUGAAGAGAGAGAAACAAACCUACAUCUGCGACGUCACUGCCACUAAUUCCUACGGAGCAGACGCCUACCUGUUUGGCAACAGUUUCAUCCGAAUGGAUGAAGAUACUAGCAGGGGAGCAGGAGGAUCGUACGUCUUCAUCUGGUACCGUCAGACCACCGACCCCAAGCGUGCCCUCACUGACCUGCAAGUGUCCACCACCAAAGAUGAGGAACGCAGUUAUCAGCAGCGUGAUUACAAGUCUGUGAAUGUUAACCUCAACGAUGGCAACUGCGGUAGCAUAGUGUACCUGUGGUUCAAGAAGGAGGGAUCCAACAAUCCCAUUAAGGCCAUCGCCCUCCUUGUCAACACAGCUUUGAUUCCUGAGUACCUGAAGGCUGGUGUCAUUGUUAUCGAGAGAAAUCUCAACUCCGGCAAUCGUGGCUGGAUUGAGUACCUGUGUGUGUACCAGUGAAAGCAAAAAGCCUUCUUCAUGGUGCAGAGCUGAGAAUUCCCAACACUCACUAGAGUGGAAAGAAAAGUCCAGCCAUGCCGUUAAAUCUUUUUGGUGAUGGCUUCUUACACUUUUUUUUUCUCUUUUUAAUAUAUUAAAAUGAUGAAUCAUUAUAUUACAGUCACUCAAUAAUAUCUCAAGUAUCAAUGGUUUAUGGGUUUUAAUGUUAAACAGAUAAAGCAACUGACCAAAAGUUAGGACAAAAAGAUGAACUCCUAUUUAACAUUUUGGGGAUGGUCUCCAUCACUUUUUCUUUCUUUUUCACUAUAAAACAAUGUGAUUAUUAUACUACAGUAAUACUACUGAUAAUACCAGAAAGCAUCAAUAAUAUAUGAUUUUUUACUGUUAAACCUGAUGUAAAUGAAAUCAAUCAAACUAUUUCAUAUAGUUUUUUUCCCCCAACAAUGUUAAUGAAUGAUUGAAUAUUAAGUCUCUGUAUCACUUUAUUCUGCUCAUUUCCUGCUUUUCAAUAA